AAGCGUGCAAACAAGACUGAUGUAAAGUGCAGCUGGCUGAAGAAACCAUAGGCGCCCGCCUCUGAUAUAUUUAUAAGUAUGACCUAGAUCUAUAUGUAUAAGAUAUAAGAAAGCUUUGCAUUGGAUACUCUCACCAGAGCCGAAGAAAAAAUUCCAUGCGUUGGUCCUGUUGAGGAUGUUAUUAUGAGUGCGGGAUAUAUCCAAGCAUUGUGUAAGGGGACAUUUUGGCUAAGACCCUUCUCCUUUCACCAGAGAAAGUGAAGACCAUAGCAUCAGCUACCUCAGAAGCAAUCCUAUGUGGUCUGUCGUACGUAGACACAGGAUUACUUCAUCAAACUUUGGAUUGAAUUUGAGAGCUAUCCAAAGAAACAGCUACCCACCAGAGUGACCUUCAUUUUGGAAACGCCUCAGUUCCCCCUACAACUUGGAGAAGGACUCAAUUGCAUGGGGGAUCAACCAUGAAAGGAACGCUAUUGACCAGUAUCGUAAACCUGGGGCUAAGGUUGAAGAAACGGGCAUAUGGCUUCACGAAUCAGGAAUUCUCGGCGCUUCACCAGAUGGAAUUGUGGUUACCCCAAUUCCACAGUCUGCAACACCACCACCAGACAUCAUCGAAGUUAAAUGUUCAUUUUCUGCCAGAGACAAGCCACAGUUGGAUGCCAUUGGUCAAAAGAAUUUUUGCUUAGUCAGAACUGAUGGGAGAAUUGCCAUGCCAAAUGGCCAUGAAUACUACUAUCAGAUCCAAGGCCAACUGUACAUCAUUGGGAAGACAUGCUGUGACCACCUCAUUUGGACACCCGGUGGACUU